GCUUGGGAUCAGUCUCCGACGAGCACUGGUCACGGAAGCAUGGCUAGAGCAGAGCGCAGUCCGAGGCUUCUUAUCAGCAUCGCCUGCUGGGCCCUGUGGCUUAUCUGCCUGACCCUGGCCGAUUCAGUCCAGAUCCGUGACCGUUCCGCUACCCUCGCCAGCCCCACUGUCCAGGCCGUUGAGAGGCUGUUUAACCAGGUGCUUCAGGUCACCAUCGAGGAUGCCCGCCAGCGACUGCCGCACUUGAAUGCCAGCGAUGCCAUCGACCGGCAGUAUUUCGAGGAUCUGGACUCCAUUGCGGGAAAUGAGGAUUAUUACAGCACUGCGUACUACAUCUUCGCCUGGAUCAACAGCCAGCUGAUGGCCCAUCAAACUCCCGAUAAACUGCUCCUCGAGGUUCUGCCGGGCGAAAAGAUAGCAAUACGGAAUUUCUUCGGCAAGGUCAGGCCACAUCUGGCCAAGUAUCUGCGUCUCAGCCGGCAGGAUAGGCUGGAAUUUAUGUCCAAUAUCACACGCUGGGCCAGCGAAAGCGAGGAUAGCCUGGUCACAUAUUAUCUAGAGUUUCCUCGAACCCUUCAGCAGCAACUGCCCGAGCUGCAGUUGAUGGAUUACACCAAGCUGGCCAAGGCUCUGCUGGAGGGAGUGGCAACGGGUAUAUGGAGAACGCUUUAGCUUGACCUUUGAACUAUCUGUAUAUUCUAAAUAAAUCACAUUGGAAAUUAAAAACUGAUUUAAUUUAA